AUGGCUCUUUAUAAACAAUCUUCUUCUUAUACAGUUACCGAGUCCGAUUGCUAUGUGACUUUGUCACUGCCAACUGCUUCAUCUGAUAAUGUCCGGACCGCAACUGUCCACAACACUAAAAAUCCAGUGUGGAAUCAGUCUUUCUGCUACAGGAUUGACAGCCGUAUAAAGAAUGUUCUGCAACUAAAAAUCUGUGAUGAAGAUACUUUCACCAGAGAUGAUGAGCUCUACACGGUUCUUUUUGAUGUCGCUAAACUGCAUCCGGGAAAAACUAGCCGCGUCGUCUUCAAAUUGAAUCCAAAGGCACGUGAACUUUCUUGUGUGGAAAUCAAAGUGAAUACCAAGAAACUGAAGCGACUAUACACAAGUGAUCUGAUAUUUGCAAUCAAGGGUUCCUAUGAAGGCAUGCAGAAAAUUCCACUGACUCCCGAUUCGCAUAACAGAAAUCUCAUUCGGUUUCAUUGUAUUAAGAAUAAUCAAUCAAAUUUGGAGGUCUCACUACCAAAGAAAUGGGAGUGGUCAAAGCUGAAGGAGAAUGCAGAAAGUCUUACCUCUGUUACUUUACCUUUGACUGAGGUUGCUGCACAAGGGAAAAUAUCAAUAGAAGAGCUCCAAAAAAUAUGUUAUGGUCAAAAUGUGAAGGAUGCUAAAGUACAGUAUUUCAGGGCAAAAGAUCUAGAUGUGCGCUUAGCAAAUGAGCUGAGUGUAGCAGAGAAGAAUUUCCUACGCAAGCGAAGGAAAUAUGUUGCUGCUGCUGUGAAGAAGACUCUCCAGCUACCGGAAGACCUGCAGGAUGAUGAGGUGCCUGUGGUGGCAAUCAUGACAACCGGUGGAGGAACCAGGUCAUUUACAGCAAUGUAUGGGAGCCUCCUGGGUUUGCAGAAACUGAAUUUGUUAGACUCCAUCACAUAUAUUGCAGGUUUAUCUGGCACAACAUGGACUAUGGCAAAAUUGUACGAAGAUGCUUAUUGGUCACAGAAAUACCUGGAGGAAGCCAUUAAUGAGGCUCGGAAGCAAGUCAGCAAAUGCAAGAUUAAAUGUUUCUCUAUGGAUUGUUUGAAGUAUUAUUAUAAUGAACUGAAACAAAGGAGACAAGAAGGACAUGAUUCUUCAUUUAUAGACCUCUGGGGGCUUGUCAUUGAGUCCAUGUUAUAUGAUGAGAAAACAGAUCAUACACUCUCACAUCAGCAAGUGGCCGUGAAUGAGGGUCAGAACCCCUUGCCCAUUUAUCUGGCUAUCAGCCUAAAAGACAACUACAGUGCUCAAGAUUUUAAAGAGUGGCUGGAAUUCAAUCCUUAUGAGGUGGGAAACUUAAAAUAUGGAGCACACAUUCAUACAGAGCAUUUUGGUAGCAUGUUCUUCAUGGGGCGACUGAUGAAGAAACUUCCAGAAGUCCGGAUGUGCUUCAUGCUAGGAAUGUGGAGCAGCAUAUUUUCAUUGGACUUCAUGUAUUUCUGGCAUUUGUCCAGUAGCGCUGAAGACUUUUGGUGCAAGUGGACCCAAGACAGAGUAGAAGACAUUGAUGACACUAUUCUACCUUCAAGGCCUCACGAACUGGAUACUCGCGUUGUUUGUGCUCAGGGCCAGCUUUCUCGUUUUCUCCGAGAAGUCUUAACAGGACGUCCAACAAUAGCAGAGUAUCCCAAUUUCCUAAGGGGCUUCCAGAUGCAUGAUGAAUACUUGAACAAUAAGCAUUUUUCUACAUGGAAAGGCACAAAUCUUGACCAGUUUUCAAGAUAUGCCUCAAAACAGGGGAUCCCAUUUCCCAGAAUGGAGAUCAGUGAGGAAGACAGGGAAAACCUGAAGGAAUGCUAUGUGUUUGAUGAUGCAGAAAAUACAGACGUUCCCACUGUACUCUUUUUCCCAUUGACAAAUGAUACCUUCAAAAAAUACAAAGCACCUGGUGAGGAACGUGAUCCAACAGAGAUGAAAGAAGGCGAUAUUGAUGUCUCCAGCUUUCUCUCCCCAUUUACUACAAGGGAAGUCACAUUUUCAGAGGAGAAUUUUGACAGAUUGGUGAAACUGACUGAGUAUAACAUCCUGAACAAUGAAGAUAAGAUUGUGAAAGCCCUGCACGCAGCAGUGAAGCAGAGGAAACAGCAGAAACAUAAGCAGCAGAGCUGCUAA